CUCUCUCAUCCAUCCUCACCGCCGCAAUCCUCAACUCCCCACCUUCACCCAGAUCCACAGAGCAGCAGAGAGAUCGCCGGAGUAUCAGGCCGAGGAAGAAGACAGUUCAGCCAGCCCGAUCUCAAGUCACCAUGGUGGUCGCGCUCGGCCCCGGCAGGUUCUACGGCGGCGGCCUCCCGCGCCCGCGCGUCUUCCCCGGCGACCGCGUCGACCCGCCGGCGCCCGUCACCGACGCGCUCCUCUGCUGGGCGCGCGACGCGCACUGGUCCAUGGGCGGGCUCGGCGCCAAGCGCCUCCGCCUGCAGGGCCGCAUCGAGGGCAACCUCGUCAAGCUCCGCCGCACCGCGCGCCGCGACGCUUGGGUCUCCGCCAAGUCCGCCAAGUCCAAGGUCCGCGCUGCGGGGCACGGGCCUGCCCCUGCCACCCUCGACGACGCGCUCGGCUCCGACGACGACGACUCCGAGGACGAGGCGGAGGUCGCGGCCCAGGAGAAGGCGAUGCGGCGCGAGGUGGUGGAUUACGACGAGGACUCCGAGUCCGGUGAGUCCGAGGGCGAGGGGGUGCCGCUCGUCACCAUCGCCGCCGCCGCCAAGAGGAAGCGCGUCAGGAAGCUCUCCGACGAGUUCGACCGCAUAGCCGCCGCGCAGCUGGAGGGCGGCGCGAAGAAGAAGCCGCUGAGGAAGAAGGCUGCUGCUCCUGCUCCGGCCGCUGAGGCACCGGCGAAGAAGUCGCUGAAGAGGAAGGCGGUGGCGCCGGCGGCUGGGGCUGCGGCGAGGACCUCACCGAAGAGGAAGGCUGCUGAGGCGCCGGCGGCAAGGAGGACCUCGCCGAGGUCGAAGCACUGAUGGAUAGGUGCUCGUUUCCAUUUGCAAUCCCUGUUCUUGGUUCGUCAGAUCGGUGGCUCUAGCGAUUGUGGUAUGAUCUCGGAGAUGCAGUAUGCUGUGUGUUCGUUGAAAUGCUUGAAUGGAAUCUAGUUUCAUGUCUCUAUGUAUGAAUCAAAUCCCUCAAAAUGUGUCUGAUCAAACCUGAGUUAUCCUGAAAUAUAGUUCCUGUACUGAUGUCUGAAAAAUCUUCCUAAAAUAGCAAUUUCUGUAUUGAGUGUGGUCUGGAGAUGCGACUGAUUGCUGCGUGUUCUCUUAAUCUCUUUCAAACGUAAUGUAAUGUUUUCUUUCUAUAUCUGAAUCAAGUCCCUCAAGCAUCGUCUGAUCAACCCUGAAACAAUAUGUUAUUGAAGGGAAACCCUGAAAUAAUUUAGCAGUUCCUCUACUGAGUUCUGAAAGUGUUCGAUGCUGUUUCUUACAUUUUGUUUAUCAGUUCAACUGAAGCUAUGAUGUGAUUUGCAAAAUGAAUUCAAGUGCAAUUCCCUAUCUGUUGUUGCUAACUGAGAUCUGAAAGUGUUCCUUUUAUUGCUUAUGUUUGAUGCUAUGUCUAGUAACAUUUAUGUUUUCCCAGGUCAGAAGCACUGAUGGUGUUCGUUCCAUGUGCAAUUCCAGUUCUUGGUGUGUCAGAUUGGUUGAUCCAGCGAUUGAGGUGUGAUCUUUGAGAUGCCGUAUGUUUGUUGAAAUGCUGGAAUGAAAAGUAAUGCCAUGUAUAAGAAUCAAAUCCCUCCAGAAAUAUGCCUAAUCAAACCUGAAAUAUCCUGAAACAAUUGUUCCUGUACUGAGAUAUGAAAAUCUUCCUAAAAUAACAGUUGCUGUAAUGAGUUGUGGUCUUGGAGAUGCAUUGCUGUGUGUUCAUCGAAAUGUUGGAACUAA